GGAUGUUUCAUACGCUAAGCCUGACGGGAGGAGUGUGAUGCCAUGACGCGUUGCAUUCUGGGCGAAUAACAUGUCUACCGUGUCGAGAUCGCGAAGCUUGUAGCGGUUUACGGCGGUAUAUUAAAUAUCUCAAUGAAAGAAAUGUGAAAUCUUAUACAUGGUACGCACGAGAGCAGCGGAAUGCAAAGUUCAAUUAAGUGCUCAAGUUUGAAGUUAGUGCGAGAAUAAUUCAGAACGACACUGGAAUGUUGAUGAGCGUUCUAGUCAAAUACACGCAGAACACAGCCAAAUAUCCACUUUAUUUGAUGCAUUCAUCAUUUUGAAGAGUGCUGCAUAUAAUGUGUGAGCAAACGGAAGUUCAUUACCUGGAAGGGGAUGUUGUUUGGGUGAAGUUGGGUGCUUGCUGGUGGCCUGGCAGAGUAAGAGACGUGGACAAAUUACCAGAUGACAUUUUAGAAAGUUUUCGAAAAAAACCAAUUGCUGCUGUACAGUUUUUUAAUGAAGACAAAUAUGAAUAUGUUAAAAAUUUGGAUCAAAUCUGCCGUUACAAUUGCCGAAGGAAAACAGAUUUUAUUAAAAAGGGACUGGACAUGUAUCGUGCCAAGCAAAGGGAGGGGUCAUCUUUUAUGGACAAGUUUCCUAAUGAUGUUUCUAUGGCAGAGCAACUGACUGGUGGUAAUCCUGACAUUGUAACUGAUAAUGCGUUUGCCCCAGAAGAAAAACCCAGCUACCGAGGAAUCUUCGGUAGCGAGAAGAAACCUGACAAGAAAGGGAAGAUGGGCAGUAGCUCUCCAACGAAAGGAAGCCCUUCUUGGAGAAGCAAAAUUGCUUCUCCAAGCACUCCUAAAACUCCUUUCAGUUCCCCUCGUCGACCCAUUACCCAUCCUCGCAUAAUUCGUAUGUUGAAAGGAGAGGAAGAACAACAUGAUGUACGGAUACGGCAACAACCACUUACACCACAGCGUGAACCAUCCCCUCAAAAUGAGCCGUACAAAUGCUACAAGUGUGACUUUACUUCAAAGAGACUGAAUGUUGUAAUUUUGCAUUCCAAGAGUCAUAGUGGUGAUGGUGCUACCAAUGGCCAGGAACCGAAACACAUUCGCAGCAAAAGUGCAACUAUUUUGUCUACCCCACAUCGUGGGAGAGGUCGACCUCGAGGAAGCCAUUCAGGCAGUAUUGGUAGGACCCCAAAGAACAGUCCAAAGGUUGUGCCUCUCAACUCGUCAGACACUAUGGAGACCAAUUCGCCCAAGGGUACAUCAGCUUUGGAUGUAAAUGCUGAAGAUAAUACUGUGAAAGAUGUUGUAACAACAUCUGAAAAGAAAGGUCUCAAAACACCAAUUUUUGGGAAAAGAAAAAAUGCAAAAGCUUCUGGAGACAAGGGUACCAAAAAGAAAAAAAGCAGUGAAGAUUUUCGAGAAAAGUUACUGGCAGAAUGGGAAGAUGAAGAUCAAGAGGAAGAAGAGAAAGAAAUGUUAAUUCUCAAACGAGAGCUCAGCAAAAGUGAAGCAUUAUCUUCACCACCCCCAGAGCGCAGUUCAGAAGGAACAAAUUAUAGUACAAAUAAAGUAUCUUCUAGUUCAAAUGUUAAACCAAAAGAAAUUUCAUGCUUUGAUUUUGAUGAACAAGCUGAUUCAUUGUUGGAUCAUGAAUUAGAAGAGCGGGCCAAGAAAUUUGCUGAAGCGAGAAAAUUUCCAAGAAGGCUAGAUGAUAAAGUGGACUUAGAAAAAAGAAAUGAAGUCUCUGCAGACGUUCCAAAAUUGAAAGAAAUAUCACCUUUGAAGACUGCUCCAUCAACUGAAUCUGAAGAUUAUGAUAAUGAGGAGAAAAAGGAUUUAAGUACAGAAUUUGAGAAUUUAAUGGCUGAAACAGAAUUGCCAUCUCUUCCUGCAGUUCCCACAAUUAAAAUUAAAGAGCAGCAAAGGGAAGUAAUAACAUCUCCUGAGCUAGAAGAUGUGAAAAACGAAAAAUCAGAAACUAUAGUACAUGAUGAGAUGGGAGAUGAUGAGUCACUACCCCAUUUGAAAGAUACUGAUGAUGUUGAGCCACCAUCAAACACUACUGCUCAGCAUCCUCCUGAAACAUCAAUACAAUUCUCGCAAGAUUCAACCUUAGAAAUAACAGCAGAACCUCAAACUGAAUUGGCAGCUGAAAUCCCUGGUGAUACACCUAAGGAAAGCAAUGAUAAUGUUCCUAUUGAAUCCCAAAUGGAAAUGUCUGUUGAUCAUCCAAUAGAUCUACUGCCAUCCGCUCCUGAGGAACAAUCAACGACCCAAUCAGUUGAAUUGCCUCUUCAACUUCCAUCAGAAGUACCUAAUGAAACUGUGGUGACAACUGAGCCAUCUGUUGAUAUUUCUUCAGAAUUUACGCAAUCAACUCCCGAAAAUGUGGCUGAAACAGAAUCUGUUAAUGAAUCUCAUCAUCCACCACCUCCUGAAAUGCCAGUAGAAACAUGUAUUCAAGAACCUGCUCAGGUACCUCUUAUUCCAGAAUCAACUCAAAUUUCUCCAGAACAACCACCAGCCCAGUUAGCUGUUGCAGAAGAACAAACAAACAUGACUCUUCCUCAAGAAACAGCACAGAUAUCUCCAAUGCAUGAUACAACCCCAAUAUCUGUUUCGCAAGAGCCUGUUCAACUUUCAGUUGGUCAGGAACCAGUGCAGAUGUCUCUGGAUGAAAUGGAUCUUGAUAUCAAUUCAAUGCCUGUUGUAAUGGGAGAUACUUUGAUUACUGAAGAUUCAACUACAAAACUUGCUAUAAAUACAAUUGUACCUGCUAAUUCUGUGGCAAUAACAUUACCACCUCCUGUUGUUCCAGAAAAGCCUACAAUACAGCCUGUAAUGCGAUUAACGUCAACUGCUAGCUCAACUCCAAGUGCAUCUAGUACUGUCACUUUAAAUGUCACACCAACAUUGGAAUUGGUUACUGAAGCAAGUACAAGCGUAGUGAAAUCAAGUGCACAAACUACAACUGCCAACUCUGCUCCUAAAAUUGUCAAACAAGUAGUAAAAUCAGUUAAAAUACAUCCUGGCCCUUCAGGAACACUGAGAACCUCUGACGGUUCUAUCAUUGCUCCAAAAGGUGCUACAACAGGCAGUAGGUAUGUAGUAAUUCAACAUGCUUCUGGCAAACAGACUAUAUAUGCUACAUCUUCAGCAAAGUCCGGUCAGCAGUGUGUUACAGUAAAAACAGGUGCAUCACAAGGUCAGGGUAGUACACAAACUGUGGGCAAGAAGCUUGUAAUUGUGAAAUCGCCUCAAGGGGGACCUGUUUCUCCUGAAGUCCUGUCUUCAUUGCAGCAGGGUAAACUUGUGUCCCAACGAAUUAUUACUAGCCAAGGAACCAUCUUGAAACAAAUGGGAAGAAGCACACCAAAAGUGAUGCAUGUUACUCCUCAGCAAAUGAAGGCCUUAACUGGUGGAAAGCAAGUGGGAGGCACCAAGUUAACCAUGCAGAGUACCCCAACUAAAGUGGUAUUGCCCACUGUACAGAAGAUGGUCGGUCAAGGGCAGAGUGUGAAGUUGGUGACCACUGCAACCUCUGCUAAAUCAAAGCCUAACACUAUUCUUAUUCAGACUACACAGGGCACUAGUGUGGGAGGCGCUAUAGUGACACGAGCUGUGUCAGGAAGUGUGGCUGGUGUCACCACUUCUGUUGCCAAAUUGUCUACUGUUCCACAAACUGUAAUGCGCCAAGUAUCAGGCUCUCCUCGUUCCAAGAUUGUUGCCACGGCAUCCCCCAGUGGAACCAGCGUGCAACGUGUUGUUGUAAGCACGGCAGGCCGUGGUUCAGUGCUGCAAGGGCAGGCUCAGCAGAGAGUGUUGGCUGCUAGAUCCGGGGUGCAACCUCGUAUGCUGGUGCAGAAGGGACGAGGCACUUCCACAGUGAGAGUGCCCAAUGUGGGAGCCAUUGCUGGAGUUCAACCACAAGUAGCUCAGGUGCAGCAAGUGAAGAAAGUGCAAGGAGCUCUGCCACGAACACAAGUGCUUCAGAAGGGAAAGCAAGGGCAAGUGGUGCAGAAAGUAGUCACCAUUCAGCAACCAGCUACAGCCACUACCAUCAAGCCUACAUCGUCUACAGAAGCUGCUCAAUCUAUUGCUUUGCCUAGUUUGCAGCCUCUGCAAUCUGAUAUUAGCGGUGCUCCCAAUGUGCAGCAAAAUUUGCAAGUUAAUACUUUGGUGCUUUCUUCAGCUCCUACUGUAAUAAACCAGAAUGUGAGCACAUCACAGAGUGCAUCAUUGCCUGUGGCAACUUCUGCUCCUUUGUUGUCACAUGAACAUAUUGCACAAGUUAUCGCUCCAACUGGUUCAGAGCAGUUGGCAGACGGGGCAACUCCCACCUAUGUCCUGGUCACUAUUGAUGAUCAAGGUGCGAUACAACCAUAUGACAGUUCUGGGCUUGUCACUUCAUAUGAUGGUAGUAGUCAAAGUUCAGAAAGUAAUACCCGUACAUUGUACAUUGAUCCUUCUUCUUUGGGUACAUCUGGAGAACUGGAUAAUAUUUUCCUGGCUAUUAACAACACUGGGACUGCUGGAUCAGGCACUUUACUCAAUCUGGGGCAAGCUAAUACAGUGGCUAGUGGUAACAUAGCAACUACGCAACAUUCCCAGGCUGUGUUUAACAUUGGUGAUAGUCAGCCAACUACUCCUGCUGGCAGUCAGGAUAUUCUUGCAGCAGCUCUGGCAAAUACUGAUGUCUUCCAGACAGAUGGUUCUAUGUCUGACUCGUUAACUGUAGUAAAUAGUAGUCAGUCUACCAGUGGUUCUGUCAUGACUAGCCGUUUGCUGGAGUCAUCGUCUCUUCUCCCAUCAUCUACUUCCACUACUUUACAUCAAACCACUGUCCUUUUACCUUCUUUGUCAGCAACAGCAAUGCCACCAGCAAAUCCAGCAGGUGUCCUGGAAACUUCUCUAACUUUGAAUCAGCCUAUUAUGACUCCAUUAGAGGUGCCAUCAUCAGUUACUAAUUUGCAGCAACCUGCUCCUCCAAUACCUACAUCUCUUGAGCUCCCUCUGACUAUUACACAACCAGUGUUAUCAAUGCCUGCAACGUCUCCGUAUUCUACCCUUCCCCAGCAAGGCAGUUUGCAAGCUCCAGAAACUGAUGCUGUAGAGUCUCCCAUUUCCAGCUCUUCAGUGUCUCAGACUGCAUCUCACCCAGUUCUUUCAUCUAGACCCACGCUGCAGCCUUCUAUGCCUUUACUUUCUGAAGAUGUCUCAGACUCUCAAACAACUGUAACUACUGAAGCUAACACGGAUGCUGAAAUAUUGGAUCAUCAGCCAGGUAGUUCAUUCAGUACAGCUCAAACUACUACAGAGCAGGAUUCUGAAGGCAUGGCUGCAUCAAAUACUUCCAGCUCUACUGAGCAACUGGUUCUCCCAUCAUACGCACAGGUUCCAGAAGUGUCUUCACAUGCUACUGAGGAGCACGAGGCUCCUAAUGAUGCGUUGAAUUAUGAUACAUCCUCUGGAAACCAACAGUUAACAAAUCAAGAUCUAUCUACAUCAUAUCACGAAGUACCUGAAAGUACUUCUGAAGUUAGUGCAUCAGAAGCACAAGGAACCCCAGAAAUUGGAGAAACACAAUCUGCAUCUGAACAAACGGUUUCUACAUCAUAUGCUAGAAGCCUUCAAGACUCUGUGCCAAAAGAGAGAACAGAAGUAAUAGAUUCUUCAAAUCCUCCUACCAACGAACCUCCUGUGCCAAAUUACUCAGUGGAGAACUCUUCAGAAGCUUUAGCAAUGAAAGAUAUGACCUCAGCUCAAGAAACCUCUCACACUGAUGAAGUAUGUGUGCCGUAUGAGCAGGUUGAAAGUACAUCCCAGCUCAGAGAUGGCCUCGGAGAAGCUGUCACAGAAGUAACUCAAACACUUCCAUCAGAAAGCAGUACCUUACACCCUUAUGCCCCUGCUCCAGAAAGUACCUCCAAUGUAUCAGGUGAAGUGUUGGAAGGCAAUUCCUCUGGAACUUUCUCCCUCCCUUCGUAUUCCCAGACACCAGAAAGCACUUGCGAAUUGCAGGAAGAGAAAGAAGUUAUCCCUAAUCAAUCGGCAAGUGGGAAUUACUCGCAAGUUCCGGAGAGCACAUCUCACAUGUCAGAAACUCGAGUUGUCGGUGAUUCUCCAAUGGACAUCCUGGAUUCAUCUCAACACUCCUUGGACUCUAGUGUGCUGACUCCUUACCAGGUACCAGAGAGCUCAUCUGAAGCUAGUGUGGUGAGCUACGAGGACGCUCAUGGAGCAUCAGGUGUGACACCACCUACAUCUAAUCAGACUGGGUACACUUCUUGCUCACAAGUUCCUGAGAGUACAUCACAAAUGCAUGAGGUGCUAUCAUUUAGUGACUCUUCGACUGAGGUGUCAGACUGUGCAGUGACCUUGGCCCAGUCCAUGCCUCUGCUUCUGGACUCUGGUCCAGGGACUAAGAGACAUGUGGAGGGGGAGGGAACUGAUGCCAAUGAUCUGGAGCACUCCAAAAGAGUGAAGCUUGAUGAGUCUGAAAGGAGAAAAGACCAGGUGUGUCCUUCCUCAUGUCCGCUUCCUACACCUGACUCUCUUAGUUUGCAAAAAGACGAAGGGUGCAUUGCAAGUGACGAUGAUGAUGACUUGCCAACACCAUGUUUUCCACAACCUGCAUGUAAUAAGAAAAAAUUUGAUCGGGAUGACAUCGUAUGGAUGAAAAUAAAUAAACUGUAUGUUCCUGGUGUUGUAAUAAGAGGUUUCAAAAAGCGUCAGUUAGCACAUGUAAAAUUUAUUAAUAAACCUUUUCAAGCAGCAACAUUUUGUAAGCGAUUUCAGGAUCUUAUAGAUUUUGAUGACAACUCAAGAAACCAACAAUUACUGGAGGAAGGCAGAGAACAUGAUCCCACAAUCGAAGAGGCAUUUGAUAAAAUAAAAGACUUUUGGUUCAGGAAUUAUAAAACAGGAGGGACACUAUCAGCAGCAAAAUAUUUCUCUUGCAACGUUGAUGAUGGAACAUUUGAAUCUUGUAAUGGAUUAAAUUUUGAGAAUAAUGCAUCUGAUGGCAACAUGAUGUCUCCUGAACUGGAUCUUCAUCUAGAUUUGUCUAGGUCUCCAAAAGAAAUUGAGAAUGGUAAAUCUAUUUCUUCACACCAAAUAGAUGGAGAAGCGAAGCUGCUUUUAGAUGUCAUAGAAAGUCCAGUGUGUAAAGAGCAUCUUCAACAAGUUUUUAGUGGAUUUACUGAAAGUUGGAGACAUUCUCUUUUUAUGACAAAAAGUUGUGCCAAACAGCAGUCAUUAUUUCUCAAUAGUGGCCUUGGACCAUUCUCAUAUAAAACGGGAAUGAAAAUGAUUACUUGUCUUGACAAAUAUUUUAUGGAAAUUGAUGAAUUUAAUACUAUUGCCCGAUAUGGCAGUCGUAAAGAUUAUCUUUUUCAUGUUUUGGUACCUGAGGCUCUAGUUUAUGCAAUUUCUAAAGUUCAUGAUCUAAACUUGGAAGAAGCAGAGCAACGAUUUAUAGACUUGAGUUCUGAGGUUAUAUAAGUCAGAUGAUGAGUCUAGACUGAAGGAAAUAAUAUUCGGCUUUGAAGUUACCACCAAAAUAUGUACUUGCCUUUAUUUGCUUUUUAAUACAGUGGAAUUAAAAACCAAUGAGAAAACAACAACCAACCAACCAUUUGCUGAAUAAUAGCAGAAAAAAUGAUUGUUUAUAUUUGAUAUAAUCAUAGUAUUGUGAAUAGUUAUCACGUGAAUACGCCAUUUUUCUCUGUAUUUCUUAUACUGUUGUUUUGUUUUUGUAUUCACUGAUGUUCUGUUAACCAAAGUAUAGCUCGUGUUUCUGGUUUUUUGACAGUUUAUGCAUAGGCCUCGUGUUAUAUUAAGAACUGUUGUAUAUUUUUUUGUUCUGAUAUAAAGACCUAUUAUAAAAGAUAAUUAUGAAAUAGAUUAAUUCUAUGUAUGUUAAAAAAAUGUGGAAGUAUGCUUUAAAUUUAGUAUUAAAAUACAGACCAUUUUGAGAUUAGUUUGAUGAAUGAAAUAUUGAAUUGGGUUUUGCCAUUUUCAAUA